AUGCAAAAUGCUAAAUCGUUGUCUAAUAGAAAUAAAUCUCAUGAUAACAGUAACAGUGGGCUGACAGCAGAUUCGAAAUGUUCGACACUCCGAAUUUCUUCCAAUGAUGAAUCGGAUAAAAGUAUGUCGCCAAAUGGUGAUUUACUAUCGCAUUUACCAGCUAUACAGCAAAAAAUUGACGAAAUUCAGGAUAAACAACGAGAAAUGGAAGAUAAAAUACAUGUAAUGCAAAAAAUGACGGUUAAUCAACAAUCAUUCGACAAUUAUGUAGAACAUUAUUACAAUAAAUUACAAAAAACAGCUUUUUCAUUAACUCCAACAGGAAAAACAAAUGCGUCGAAUAUAUCACCACUAGCAGAUAUUACUGAUCAACAACCUAUGGAAGAAAUUCAAGAUGUGAUGAUAAAUAAAUCAGAUAUAUAUAUAUUUAUACAAAAUAAUCAACAAUAUUUAGAUUAUUAUACAAAUCUACAAACGUUAAAAAGCAAAUAUAUUGAAUAUCAAGAAUUUAUUGAUGAAAAAAUUAAUUUUUUUAAAACAUUUUUGUUUUGUUUAUAUACCGAUACUAGAGACUGGAAGAUAUUGGCACAUCGUCUCUAUCGUGUUGAUCGACAAAUAAAUCUUCUCAAUAAUUACCAAAUGCGUCAAUCUAUUCAACACGUUUUUAAACCAAUCUUAGAAAAUUUUAUCAAAUUUGUUAAAUAUUUAAUUAUUCUACAAGUUAAACAAGAACAAGUAUUUACCACUGUCAAUACCAUAGCUCGUGCACAGUUAUCUGAUGAUAGUAGUGAUAAUAAUAUUAAUGAAGUAGUUUCUCAUCUAACACAGGAGGACUGCAUUGAUCGUUUGAAUUCAGACAAAGAAUUGCGAACAAUGCUUUCUAUGUUGAAAAAUAAUAUUCGAGAGUUAAAAGAACUUGUUUUGAAUACGAAACAAUGUUUUGAUAUUUGUAAAACGAACGCAGAUAUAUUGGAUACACUUAUCGAUUAUAUCGAUGAUAUCAAAAUUGAUGAUAAACAUUUUAUAACUGUUCUCAAUGUUUAUGAUCAAGAACGUGCGCGUCUAAUGAAAUUAAAAUGGGAUAUUGUACAAAAGCCUGACAAGCAAGAAUUAUUUAACAUCAAACAAUAUGUCGAUAAACAGAUACAAAAACUUGUCGAAUUGAACAAGCAAAAUGCCAAACAAUUGGAAAAAAUGAUCACUAUGAAACAAGCAAACCCGGGAACAAGAAGAAUAAGAAAUUUAUUAGAAGAUGAACAAGAUAAAAGACAACAAGAACAGACACCACUCAAUAGAGGAAUAGGAAAGAAAAGAAUGAAUGUAUGGCAAAGUUCUCGCCCAUAUAUAACAUUUGAUUUGGAUAAUAUUCGAAAAUAUCAGCGACAAGCACUUCUGAGAACGCCAUGUGGAACAAUACCACUAUACCGUAGACAAGCGUGGAUUCAUCAAAUAAUUGGUCAUGACUUGGUUGACGUCUUUUCCAUUUGCAAAAAUGUUGAUAGACAUGGUCGAAAAGAAAUAAAAGGUGGACAACAUGCCAAUUCUGAAACGUUUACCACCCAGAAAGAAUUAACCAUAUUAGGCACCGAUAAUAAAUUAUAUCGAGGACGAAUUGAUUCAUGUAAAAUGGCUCUACCGCAACAAAAGAGACAUGCGAAAGUACGAAAACAAGCAGCAGGCGAUGUUCAAAUCCCAGGCACUGCACAAACGAAUGUUAGUACAGUCAAAGAGCACAAUAUUAAUUUGGAAGAGUUCGAUUUUACCAUAAGAACAUUGGCUGAUGAAUAUUUAUUUGAAUAUUUUGAUUGGCGUGCUCAAUUUGAUGAACAAGAUUUACCGAAAGAAUUGCAAGAAGAUCUGUUUCAACACUGGAAAACGGUUGUUUGUGAUGAUCGUCCAUGCACAUGUACAGGUGAAUGCGAUGAGAAGUUUUUGAAUGAUGAGGAACAGAAAACAUCGCCAAUUCGAACAAUAAAUGAUGCAGGUGAAAAGUAUGACACAAUGUGUCUGUGUAGUGAUUGUUCGUGCGAAUGUGAAAAGUAUAUAAAUGAUGGUAGUGAUGAUUCAUUAUGUAUAUGUUCAGAAUGUUCAUGCAAAUGUCUGAAAAAAUGCUCAAGAGAGUUUAGUAAUAGUGAUUCGAAACUUAGUAUUAAUGAAGAGAGUACUGUUAAUGUUCUACUUCAACAACAAAAUUCAACAUUAGAACAGCCAUCAUUGAUUUAUAAAUCAUCGUGUUGCGAUGAUUUACCAUUAGUUAAAGUUCAUCACCAAUGUGAAUGUAACGAUGUAGAAGAUGAAGAUCAGAAAUAUGAUGAAGUCGCUGAUCAAGUUAAACAGCCAGGACAAGCUACAAACCAAGAAGGCAGACUAUGUACAAAUCAUGAAGACAUUUCAAAUGUGGAAAAAACAUUUCUUAUGUCAGAAUGCUUUGAUGGAAAACGGGAUCGAUGGACAGAUCAAUUUGAUAUAUAUCAAGCUAAUGACACAUUACCUAUGGAAUUUGAUAAAUGGAUACAUUCCGUGACUAACGGUACUCACGAAUCAUGGAAUCCCACUCGAAUUCAAACAGCCCCUGUCACUUACGCUCAAGAACACGGUACUGAAUGCGUUUUUUGUGAAAAAUUAAAACUUGAUGAUCCUGCGGAAACACGCCAACGUCUAAUGAGUAAAUUAUGCAAAGAACGUGAAAAUGAAUUGAUCAAACGUGCACUAGAAGCGUCAGUAUCACACUUAAAUGAACGAAAGACAAUGGAAAUAUCCCAUCGUUCGUCGAUAAUGUUCCUUAAACGUUUUACAACAAUGACUGAACCACAAUCUUCUCCAACUUCCAUCGUGAGCUCAACUGCAUUCGAGAAAGACAGUCAAAAACAAGAGCUAAAACCUAGAAGAAAAAUGGCGAGAAAUAUUUUAAAAGAAAAAUCAUUCACGCUAAUUGGAUCAAAACCAGUUGUUAGACCGGUAGAUUGA